GGUAAUUGGUAAGAAAUAUAAAGUGAAAAAUCGAAAGUGAAAAUGCGGCGCGAAGAGGGCGGUCAUCCUUUUCAUACCCGGUUUGGUGCGUGUGAUGAUGCGCAGCAUCAUGCUUGCUGCCACGGAAUUUCUUUGAAGUACAGAUGGCGCAACUGACCAAGUGCACGUGAGCACAGAUGCGCCAAAUUGGCUCGAUCCGCCGGCGAUGGAGAAAUGAAUGUGUGCUGAUCGGAUUUACAAAAAAGCAAGCGUUGAACGCAGCAAUUAGCUGCCGCUGCGCCUUGUGUAUUUUCCUUUGGCCUUCACAUAUCGUCGCUGUCGAGCAGGAUGUUCAUGUUUCGGCUAAACUCGUGGAUCUCAAACAGCGCGCGGUCCAACUGGCUGUCGCUCAGAAACAGCGACUCCCGCGCAAUCCCGAUGUGCGAUCCGAGAGGCGGUUCGGUGCGCGAAUGCAAACCACUGCCAGAGCUGUCUUCCGGCGGAAGCAUGCCAUCAGUCUGAAUGUCCAUAGCCCCCACAUCUGUCUCUGGUACUGGCUCUGGUCCGGCUCUGGGUUUGGCUUUGGCUUCAUAUGCAAGUUAUUGCCGAGUGCUAAUAAUGCUCAUUAUGCUGCUGCUGCAUCUGGUUCUGGUUCUGGUUCUGGUCUGGGCUUGUUUUUGUUUUUGUUCUUGGAUCUGUCUUGGGCUAUGGCCGAGUUGUUGUGCCAUUUUCACUGCACCCGAGUUAACAUUAAACUCAAAGUAUCCAGCGUUUCUUCCACCGACGGCUGCGGCGAAAAGAAGCCCUUGACCAGUGCUGCUGUUUCUCUGGUGUUGUUUUGGAGAGCCGGUUAAACUUAUUUAUCAGGUCGGCAGCAAGCCCCUUCCUGGCCGGGAUGCGCGCAUAGCUUGCUUGUCGGCCAAAUCCUGCUGCUGGAUGUCCUAGCGCCAAUUGCGCCAAAUCAUCUUGGUGCCCAUUAUCUGUGUAGUGCUGGAACUGCUGCAGUCUGGAGCUGAUGCCAUUAGACAUCACAGCGAUACCCUG